AACGUCUCUGGCCCAGUAAAGUAAACAAAAUAAAGAUGGAAACUUUGAGAGAGAGAGAAGACAAGAGAACCUCUCAUAAACCCUAAGUAUAAUACUCAAUAAAGAUUGAAGCUUUAGCAUAUUGUAACGUCCUGUCUCUUGACAAACUUGUCUUUGAUAAGAUUAUUUUUUGUUUAGUUUUAGGUACCAAUGCCAAGAAAGCCAACAAGGCGUCGUAGAUCAUUGAUAGCUAGGCCCUUGACCUUUGCUCCGUUUUCGCGUUCACUUGCUCAUCUUCAUUCUACAUUCAUGCCAAAGCAUCAAAUGCUUGGCAGUAAAGUCCCUGGGUCUCCCACCCACAAUGAAGGUGGUGCAGUGGUUAAGAAGACUUCAAAGGAAAAGAUUGAGCAGUCCGAGUCUUCUGAGGAAGAAGAGUUUGGGGGAGAGGUCCAAGCAGACUUUGCAUUCUUUGAUCCAAAACCUGAAGACUUUCAUGGAGUGAAGAUCUUGCUGCAAUCCUACCUUGAUAAUACGGAAUGGGAUUUGAGUGGUUUUGUAGACUUGAUAUUGGAACAGACCACAGUAGGGACGGUUGUUAAAAUUGAGGAUGAUGAAGAUAAUGGACUUUUCUCUGUUGUUUCUGCCCUUAACUUGGGGAGAUAUAAGGAUCAUAAAUGUAUUGCAGAUCUCAAGGAGUACCUGCUCAAACUAUGCCUGGAGAAAAGCAUAAAAGGAGAUCUGAGAGUUCUUUUGGGAGAACAAGCACCUAAUGUGGGUCUUUUGGUCUCUCGGCGAGUUGUUAAUCUUCCACCCCAGCUUUUGCCACCUCUUUAUGAUGCUCUGUUUGAUGAAAUCUCUUGGGCUACAGAAGAUGAGCCAACAGAGGAGCUCCGGAAUUCCUUCUGUUUUAAUUCCUAUGUACUAGUUAGCAAAAUGUACAAGCACAAGAAUGCAGACAAGAAAAACAGGCUAAGUAGUGAUAGUGAGGAAGCAAUUAUAUAUGUGAAUCCUGAAGAUGAAAUUUUUCACAAGCUCAGCUUGUGGUCCUUCAACUUUCCUUUUCAUGCUGAGCAGGUUACAGCUCGUGAGCUAAAAAACUACCGGCCAAUGGGAUUAGUAAUGGCUGUUGAGGCAGAUAAAAUUUCUACAUUCCGAGAGCAGCUUCGUUCAUUGAUUGAUGAGCCAUAAAUUCCUAUUGUAAGGUGUCUCAGGUGCCAAGUUUUGAUUUCUUCCCAGAUGGAAGCAAUUUUGCAGUAACCUGGUUUACAAGACAAGUUUAUGGAAACUGUUAGAUAGGCAGGAUGACAUUUGAUGUUGUGUUUUCUACACAUUGUGUUAUUUUCUCUCCUUUUUUAUACAAUUUCUCCCAUUUUUCUUGAUGGUACCUGGCCAGAAACUGAACAGCAUAAGCAUUUAUACGAAUGACUUCAUUUCUUUAA